AUGAUUGGUGUUAUAACAGACGUUUCGCUAUUUAGUGUGAGGAACACCUUGCUGAAGCUAUACAUUAGCUUUUUGUACAACAAUGUUCAACAAUCUCAGCUACUUUCAAGAAUAAGAAACUUGGAGAGAUUGAUGCAGUGGAUCCUCGAAUAUUUACUGAAUGUCGAGGCCUCUUGUUCAGUCGUCCUGGAAAUCCUUCAAAUUUAAAAAAUUCAAUUCUAAAUUAACACUUGAAACGUGAAAGUGAGGUCGUAGGAAAGCAUUUUUGUGUAAUCCAGUUUCGUAAAAUUGCAAUCAUGAAACGCGGCUUUCUACUAGGGUUUCUAUCUGCUGCAAGCAUGAAACAAAUUUUUCCAAUAUUAAUCUUACUUCAAAUGCUUAAUGAAAAUGUUGGAAAUUUGGAAAAACAGCCCCGUUUGGAGAUACUCGUAUUUCGAAGCAAUUUCCCUCGAAGAGUGCUAAGUCGUUAGUCGUUUUGUGAUUUAUGCAAAAAAUAAAAAGGAGGAACAUUGAUACAAUUAAUAAAAG